AUGACAAUAAAAACGCUUGUCCUUCUUUUUUUGAACUAUUGCAGGUUCAGUGAGAACAUACUGACAGUUUCGCCGGAUGAGGUAAAAUUUGGACGACAUAGGGAAGUGGCUGAUAUUGUCGAAAAUGAGUGGCAACAGGCAAAUCAUUUAAACUGGAUACGAAAUGGAGUACUUGACUGGAGCAAAGACUGGUCAGUACCGCCGGUCACGGGAUAUUUACGGAUUUUGCUGGGGGGCAGUGUAGCUGUCCCACACUCGUUUGCGGGCCUGCUUAGUAUGGUCCAGCUAUACAAUGGAUCUGUUAGCAACGUGAGGAUAUCCGAGAUGGCUCAUCAGUGUCGGUCCUGGUUGCAGUCACUUGUAUCCUCCGAUGAAAUCCCGGUGGUAGAAUGGGACCAGUUCACCGGUGUUGAACGCUGGAACCGCGUUUUCCCGGGAAUUUGCACUGUAUCUGAAUGCUUGCUAAAUAAUCAACACUGCAGUGCGGAAAUUGACAAACUACCUCCACAAGUAGUCAGUUGUCCGACAGACAUUUACCUGUUGUCAACUGAAAGGUUGACGCCAGUGACGUGGUCUCCAUCAAACGUGACUGAAAUGUUUGUCGAUAACGGCACCGUUGAGAUGACAUCAAAUUUUAACAGUGGCGAUGUCUUCACUUGGUAA